CACCUCGGCCGUUCCGGGCCGCUCUCCAGAGCGUCUGUAAACAUAGCCCGAGACGAGACUGUCAUGGAGGGGGAGGAGGAGGCGGCGGCGGCGGCCCAGGGAGGCGUUCGGGGCCGCCUCCAGGGUCCGCUGUGCCACUCCUGAAGGGUCACCCCCGCGUCCCCGCGUUGACUGUGGCAUCAGGGAAAAAACCAACUGUUAGGCGAGAGGAGGCGGCAGGCAGGACCAUAUCUCCCCCCUCCUUCCUUCCCCCGGGGCGGGGGCCGGGCCGGGCCGGGCUAGGCCUGUGACCCGGGGGCGGGCAGGGGGAGGGCGCGCCCGGCCAGGCCUGCCCGCCUGCCGAGAUGGAUGACAGCAAGGUGGUUGGAGGCAAAGUGAAGAAGCCUGGUAAACGUGGGCGGAAGCCGGCCAAGAUUGACUUGAAGGCUAAGCUUGAGAGGAGUCGGCAGAGUGCAAGAGAGUGCCGGGCCAGAAAGAAACUCAGAUAUCAGUAUCUGGAAGAGCUGGUGUCCAGUCGGGAGACAGCCAUCUGUGGUCUCAGAGAGGAACUGGAAAUGUACAAACAGUGGUGCACGGCCAUGGACCAAGGAAAAAUCCCUUCUGAAAUCAAGGCCCUGCUCACUUUCGAGGAACAGACCAAACCUCAGCAGAGCGUCGUUGUCGUCAGCAGACACACAAAAGCCGGGAAGACAGAUGCGCACAGCAAUUCUUGGAUCACUCCUGGUGGGGCUCAGGGGACUCUACAGGAUGCCGGGAUGGAACCAGGGUCGGCCGUGUGCAAGGGUGAAGAGCGUGGACACUGAUGAGGUGGUGACCUGAGUCGGCCCUGAUUCUUCCGGAUGAAUGGACAAGAUCAUGCUUGCUGGCUCCUCUCACUCCCUGCUGCUCAGCCUCAUCUCUGUCGACCUGCAGUUUCUACCAGAAUGUGUGGCCCAGAUAGAUCUCAGAGGAGUUGGCUUGAACUUCCAACUCUUAGAAAACUGACAAACAUUCAGAGCUGUUGUAGUGGCAUUUAAUGUUGCAGGGCUUGAAGACACAAGAGUAGAAAGAAAUGGUGAAGACCGUGUUUUUGCACCUUAACUCCACUUUGCUUUCUUGGUUAAUUUAUAUUCCUUCCAUGUAGUCAAUGUGAUUGUACAUGUAUGUGUGUGGAGGGCCACCUCCUUCCAUGUGUUUGAUUGCCCUUAAAAAGAAAUAUCAACUGGCUGACAACCGACUCUUUAGUUCUCAGCCUUCAUGGACCUAAUCUUUUUCCUUUGCGUUUACUUGAGUAAUGUUUAUUUUCUGCAUGAACCAUGAUUUCUCCGGUGAGCCAUUCCAGCAUAAGCUGUGAAUAUGUAUUUCAAAUAUAUACAUUUCUAUUUUUAUAAUCCAUGAUAUGCCUGUUUAUAAAAAAAAUACAUGUUAACAGAUCCAUCAGGAAAGCCCUUCAGACAGCCUCUAGCUAAAACUUCUGUUGCUGUCUUCUCAAACAAUCUAAAAGUCUGCCAAGGCCUAAGCCAUACUUCUAGAAUAGUUUGGCACAUUUAAUUUUUAAGCAGGAAGUCACCUUUAAUGCAUUUCAGCAGCACACGGCACCUUGCUGACCCUGAGUCGGAUGUCUGCCUGAGUUUCUGGUGUAUGUCUUGGUAAUAAUGUCUGUAGCAGACAGAAGUGAAUGUUUGCACACAUUUCCUUGUGUGCUUAACUAGUGUAGAAUUUUUCUCUAGAAAAUAGGAUGAAUCUAGCUGCUGAGAUUGAGUUUCUGCCUGUAGAGUCUGGAACCAAAUGAGGAUUAAAUUGCUGCUGGACCUGGACUGGCUGCAACUAGAACAGAAUGCAGGGCUCCUUUGCUGCCUAGUGGGCGCCUGCUUCCCAUAGCACAUGUUUUACAGCAGAAGAAAUCCCUGUAGGGUCUGCAUUCCUGUGCCUGCUGCACCCCCAAGAGGGAAGGGAGCCAUGGGGUUCGCAGGACAGGGCAGGUCUUUAUAACUCCUGUCACUCAACCAGGAGGCUGGCGGGAAACAGGGCACAUGAUAGGGUCCAUACAGACAGACCCUACGCCUUCCUUUCCCCACCCAGCACUCCAACCCUCUCCUCUUUCUUGGGAGUUACGUCAGUUGUGUUCUCUUUGGCUGCUCAAUGUAAUUGUUCUUUGGGAGGAUGAAGCAAACCUUUGGCUUUCAAACAAUGAGUGUUCUGUUCUAAACUGGCAGUCUAAGAGGAGGCUGGGAGGUGGAACAUGAGAGGGACCACAGUUGUGAUGACAGGUACUUCCCCUUCUCUCCGCUGGGCCAGGCAUUUGGGUGAAGCGCCUCGGCCUGUGUCCCCCCAGCUCUCUCAGCUUGGCCUGUAAACUCAGCUCUUGUCCAGUCUCACGUGACUACUAAUAAACCACUAGCCCAGACUGUUAGGUGUCUCUGUGUUUGGGGGUACUGGGUUUCAAGAGUAUUUAAUGUCUUUUUUUUUUUAGGAUUACAAAUACAGAUAGAUUAAAGAUUGUGGAUAUUCAGGCUUUCAGAAUGUAAGUGUUGUACAAUAUAGUGUUCAAGAUUGUAAUGGGUGUGUUUUGCCUUUUGGCCUACUAAAAUGUAUAUCUUUAUUUUUGCAAAACAACUUAAGACUUUUACUCUGUACUCUCUGUCCAGCAUCUUUUGAAUUCCCCCCCAGAGUUGUUUUCAAACCCAACAUUCCAAAAUGAAUGUGGCUCGCCAACGGAAUGUCUCUGCUGCACAUGGUCUUUCUUCUCUGGUCAUAGUGUUUGACUCCAGGAUCCUUUGAGUUCUUCCCCCACCCACCCCUACCCACCCACACCGUUAUAUCUUUGUAAGAACAACAAUGACUUUGUCCUCAGGCAGAGGAUGUGUUAUUUUGAGUGAAAUUAAAUUAUAGUUGAUGGUAGUUUGUUCCAAAAAGCCAUUUGCUCAUUAUUUUGGAAUGAAUUAAACCAAGGGACAGUUCCUUGGUCUCGGAAAAGGACCGUUUGGAAUGCUUUGGGCAUUGUGCUGGCCACGUGCUUUGGCCACUUGAAGCCUAUUAAUGAACGUCACUGGUUCAAACAGUUGGAGCCCGUCUCUCCCUUGCAGUGAAAGAGAAGUGAGUCGAAACCCUCCUCUCUUCUCCCUGGUGGGCUUCAUCCCCAUGGAUCCGUGCUGUUUCGCUCACUCUCUUGAGUAAACAGCAAUGUUUUCUUUUUCUUUUUCUUUUUUUUUUUUACCCCCCAAAGAAUGGUAUGGGGGGAAACUAUAAUUGUGUAUUUAGACCGCAACAUUGUGUUACUAAGUUAGCAUAGACCUGCUGUAUAUUAAAGAACUGAAUCUAACAGGAAAUAAGUUUGACCAAGUCAGGUUUUAGGAUAUAAUUGAAAAAUUUGAAGUUGUUUUCCUAUUUUAUCUCAAAUCUUUAUGUAUCUAAAUUAAAUCUGUCUUACUGCAGCAAAUGUAUAUCACUGUUUAACAGCUAAUUGACAGUAUUUAUCAUCAUCUAGCGUUUUCGCUUACCUUGGAAUUAUAAGCAAAUUGAUUUAGCUCAUUACAAAAAGUACAGAUUUAAACUAGACUUACUUUAGUUCAAAUGAGGGCAAAGAAAAAGAGAAUUAAAAAAAAGAAGUGUUCUAUUUCAUAAGAAAUCAGUUGUGGGGGUGGGCAAGAACAAAAGAAAUCAGUUGCAUAUUUUAUCAGUUACAUACUUAGUUUUAUAAGACGGGAAGGUCACUAAUAAUCCACAUGGUAUUUGGGGGGGGGCAUUGAAGGAAAUUUUCUUUAUGUGAAGAGCAUUGUAUAAUUAUAUUUUUAUGAGAAUAAAAUAUCUUCACCAGAGAG